CACAGAACUCCGGUCCAAUGCUCGUUGAUGCCAGCCCGUACAAUCAAUUAUGGAAAGCACAACUCGUAUUAAACCCGCGCCGUAAACACGCUAGAACUGCCGAAGAAGACACUUGCUGUUCAACCGCUGCCACCCUAACCCUGAAGCACGACCAACCUUACCCACAAUACCCCUGAACCCCUUUCGUGCCCACUUCACACCAGCCAUGCGCCGCACUCCUCUGAUGCUGGCCUCGGCCAUCCGCUCCCUGCAACAACCAACAUGUCACGAUCUUAGUCUCAGCGUUCCAGUAACCUCGACCGUCCCUCACCAUGACUUUGAGACCUCGGCAUAUUCGGCCGAGGUUCUCUACGCCCUUGCUACACGCCAAGUCCUCGUGACCAACACUUACAACAUUUCUGCCCGGUACUGCGAGCCCGCUAGCUCUGUGGCCGCCUCAGACACGAUCCAACUUUUAAUUCACGGCGCGACCUUCAACAAAAACAUGUGGGACGUGGCCUACAAACCCGAAUCCUAUUCCUGGGUGCGCCGCAUGACGCAAGUCGAGGGCUACCCCACUCUGUCCAUCGACCUCCCAGGUAACGGCAAUAGUUCCUUUCCCGACGGAUUGCUCGAAUCGCAGACCCAAGUCUACGUCGAGACAGCCCACUCCGUUAUUCGACAACUCAAGGAGACAAGCGUGGUUGGCAACCGACAAUGGGACAAAGUCGCUCUCGUAGGCUUCAGCAUCGGUGCCAUUGUUGCGAACUCCCUUGCCCUACAGCAUCCGGAUGAUUCUGACGCUGUAGUACUGCAUGGCAUCUCUUGGGACGCGACAUGGAUCUAUCCCGCCUUCCUGGCUGGGUUGCAAGGGCCAGCUCAGCAAAUUGACCCCGAGAAGUGGGGACAUUUGGAGCCGUACUACCAGACCCAGGCCAACAGGGAAGGAAGGAGGGCUGCCUGCUUUGCGGGGAGCUAUGAAGAGGGUAUUGUCGAGUACGACUGGUUGACGAGAGACUUCGACAGUCUGGGAGCGGCCAUCACAUUUACCUAUCACCUUGUUGACGCGCCAGAGUACAGAGGCCCUGUAUUUUUGGGCAUCGGAGAUCAGGACUCGACAUUCUGUGGCGGGCAGUACUGCAAACAUCAGCCUUGGGAUCUGUAUAGGAAGUUUCCAGAGGCGACGGGGUAUGAUGUGAAGGUGUAUCCAGAAACGGGGCAUCUCAUCUUGUAUCAUGAUACUGCGGAGCAGUUGAUGACAGAUACCGUCAAGUUCCUGAGAAAGCAUGGUUUCUAAUAGGCAGAACCGAGAUCGGCUGGAGACCUAGACUUGAAGACGUAGGAACUUAUAACAUGUGGUUGGGGGUGACAUUAGAUUGGCUUUUAUACUACUUGCCCAGACAUAGCUUCUUAUGGUGUAGAUGAAAAACAAAAUAGAGUUUCAUUUAGGUAUUUACCACUUUAUAGGCGCUACCUUGUAUUCAGUUGAUUGACCGU